CGACACCCAUUCCCCGCAGGCCUGGGGGUGGGGAGUGGGGGGUGGGGCUCAAGGGACUGGGCUAAAUGAGGCGAGAAGCCCCGCCUCUCACUGGACGCUCGCUGCCGCAGCUGUCGCCGCCGCCUCUGCUCUAGGAAAAUCAUGUUACCCAACACGGGGAGGCUAGCAGGAUGUACAGUUUUUAUCACAGGUGCAAGCCGUGGCAUCGGCAAAGCUAUCGCAUUGAAAGCAGCAAGGGAUGGAGCAAACAUUGUCAUUGCUGCGAAGACCACGCAUGUAAACCCCAAACUUCCAGGCACAAUCUUUACUGCUGCUGAAGAGAUUGAAGCAGCUGGAGGAAAGGCCUUGCCGUGCACUGUUGAUGUGAGAGAUGAACAGCAGAUCAGUAACGCAGUGGAGAAAGCAGUGGAGCGAUUUGGAGGAAUUGAUAUUUUGGUGAAUAAUGCAAGUGCUAUUAGCUUGACCAACACAUUGGAAACACCUACAAAGAGAAUGGAUUUGAUGAUGAAUGUCAACACCAGAGGCACCUUUCUGACAUCUAAAGCAUGUAUUCCUUAUUUGAAAAAGAGUAAAAUUGCUCAUAUCCUCAAUCUCAGCCCACCACUGAACCUAAAUCCAUUGUGGUUCAAACAGCACUGUGCUUAUACCAUUGCUAAAUAUGGUAUGUCUAUGUGUGUGCUUGGAAUGGCAGAAGAAUUUAAGGGUGAAAUUGCAGUCAAUGCAUUAUGGCCUAAAACAGCCAUCCACACCGCUGCUAUGGAUAUGCUGGGAGGAUCUGGUAUUGAAAGCCAGUGUAGAAAAGUUGAUAUCAUUGCAGAUGCUGCCUAUUCCAUUUUUAAAAAGCCAAAAAGUUUUACUGGAAACUUUAUUAUUGAUGAAAAUAUCUUAAGAGAAGAAGGAAUAAAAGAUUUUGACAUCUAUGCAAUUAAGCCAGGCCAUCCUUUGUUACCAGAUUUCUUCUUAGAUGAAUACCCAGAUACAAUUACCAAGAAAAUGGAAUCACAUGAUGCUGUUCCGGAAUUGAAAGAAGAGAAGUCACAGCCACCACCAAAACCACGUUCUGGAGCCGUGGCAGAAACAUUUAGAAUUGUUAAGGACUCUCUCAAUGAUGACGUUGUUAAAGCCACUCAAGCGAUUUAUCAGUUUGAGCUCUCAGGUGAAGAUGGUGGAACGUGGUUUCUUGAUCUUAAAAGCAAAGGUGGGAAUGUUGGAUAUGGAGAGCCCUCUGAUCAGGCAGAUGUGGUGAUGAGUAUGUCUACUGAUGAUUUUGUAAAAAUGUUUUCAGAAGCUUUGGAAUCAAAAUGCUCUCUUUCUCUAUAGUGGUUUGAAAUUUCAUGAUGAUGCAAGGGAAACUAAAACCAACAAUGGCAUUCAUGUCAGGAAAAUUGAAGAUUAAAGGAAACAUGACCCUAGCAAUCAGAUUGGAGAAGCUAAUGAAUCAGAUGAAUGCCAAGUUAUGAAGGAAAAGAAAAAAAAAUGUCAAUCACUGAGCUCAAAAAGUAAAAGGGAUCAACAGUUAAAAUCUGUUUGUUUUCUUCCCUUUCGUAUUAUAAGGAUAUGCAAAUUUGUUUUGGAAAAAAACAAUUUCUGUAUCUGUAAGACUUGAAAUUGUAAUUAAAACGGCUAGCUAAUUAAACAUAAGCUUCAUUAAGUGGAAUUCUAAGACAGUCUGCCUAUGGAAUUUUCUGAGUGUUGCCCUCUGAGAGCUAGAUUUCAUUCAUUGUGGGAAAGGUAUGAUCAGGUUCAAGCAGUAAAGUUAGCUCUUUUCAGCACUUCCCAUAUAAAAGGAGAUUAAUCUGUUUUAAAUUUUUCAGUUUGGGAUUGUAUGCUAAUGAAAUAUUAAUGAUAUUUUAGAUUUUCAUAUACUUGUUUUAAGGAAGAUCUUCUAUAAUGCAUUUUCGCAGAAAUCACAUAAACUAAUAAAUAGUGAAGACUAAUGAAACAAAAACAGUGUUUCAUUCUAACUAGCUUUCCAGGUAUAAGUUACCUAUUAUUAAUGUAAUUUCGCUAAUGUAAUUCAAUAUGUAUCCUCUUUUAAAUGUGUAAAAAUAUCUUAUAAUAAAAUAAUUUCUUCCCAGAA